CAUUUUAUCCCUCUUCUUCCCAGCCAAACACAUCUUAUGCUGUUUGCACGCACAUAGUUUUCUCUAUCUUCGACCGCCAACCCAGGCUGCUUCCAGAAUGUCACCGUCCGUUGCAACUUUCAGUGGACCCAGCAUCAACAUCGAUUGUUCUGCAGAUGGAAGGCCUGUCAAACGUCCUCGCAAAGACCAUCAGCCAGCAACACACUCCGAAGGAAUGCACCAAGAAGUUCCAUUGUCAUGUUGUGAAUGCAGGCGAUUGAAGUUAAGAUGUGAUCGAACCUUUCCUUGUGGGUCGUGCAAGAAACGAGGGGUUAGCGACAUAUGUCCCGAUGGUGUACUGGUUUCUGGCAAGGGAACGAGAUUCAAGAGAUGAGCGAACAUAUCCGGCGGCUUGAAGAAGCUUUAGAGGGAACUUCGAGUCCAUCCAAUCCGCAUCCACUCCUUCAACCCGAAAUGCUCAACGUGAAAAGCACCAUGCAGCUUUACGGUGUGGCUCAACCGAAACAUGACGGGUCUUCCAUUCCA